CAUCAUCAUCAAACGAAGAAUAAAAAAACAGAAUUUUACCGUUUCAUCAUCAUUUGGUCAUCAAAAACCAUAUAUUUACAUCAAAGGAUGACAAUAAAUUCAACAACUACUGAUUGUACAAAUGAAGUGGGUGUUCAUGUUCAUAAUAACGAUAAUCAUAACCAUCAUCAAUCGAUUGUAUUGGUGACCACCAACAACGAUGAUAAUGAUGAUGAAGAUGUUGAUAGUGGUCUGAAUCAAGAUAUUGAUCAUCAUCAUAAUCAUAAUGGAGAUAUUAAUAAAAUUAAAAAGAAACGAUGUUCAUCACCAACUCCCACGCCUACGCCUCCAUCACCACCAUCCAUAUUGAAUACAUUGAUUGAUGGAAAACAUCAACAUUAUAGUGAUAAUAGUGUUUGUAGCAGUCGAAGCAGUUCUAGUAAUUUCAGCGAUAAAUGUCAUCUACAUCGUUCAACAUCUUUGCAUCAACAACAAUCAUCAACUGUCAUUCAUCAGAGGGAAGCUAAAACGUGUUCACAAAAACCACAGAUACUUCCGCCACCACCACCACCUAGAACUGUUCCACGACGUUCAAGACAGCAACAACAACCGAAACCAGUGGAUGUUAACAAUAAUAAAUCGACAGCAAUUAGUUCGUUGAACAAUCAUCGUCAUCAGAUAAAAUUAAAGGAAAAAAUCACUCGAAUAGAUAUGGCACCUGCACCGGAUGAACAAAACCAAAUAUUGCCACCGGUCGAAAAUUGUGAUCAUCAUGAUCUUUUAUCCAAAGAUGAUUCGAAAAAAAGUAAAAAGAAAAAAAUGAUCAAUCAAGAUGAUCAAUCGAUUGAUUGGCGAUUGAAAUUGGCUGAAGAAUUGGAUCUAUACCAACAAAUAUUGAUACAACGGCAACAAUCUAGUCAUUCGGCAGAAACACCAUCAUCUUCGAGACAGCAUCGUAAUGGUAAAUCUUCAGCCAAUCAUCAUCAUCACCACCAUUGUAAUGGUCAUCAUCCCCACCAUGCGCAUUACCAUCAUCAUCAUCACCAUCACCACCAGCAUAUUGCCAAUUCACAGAACAAAUUGAAAUCGUUGAAAUUUCUCAAACAUAAAUCCAACAAUUCUGAUACAGUAGAUUCAUUGGGAGAUUCUUGGGAAGAGACGACAACAACAUCAACCACAUCCGACCAUGGUAAUAAUAUCAAUACUCCCACGUUGACAACAACAACAACCACCGUAGAAUCGGACUCAAAUGAAAGAAAAUGUAAAAUAUUUACACGUGGAUCAAAAUCAGCAUCAUCGGAUAAAUCAACAUCAUCUUCGUCGAAUCACCAUGCGAAAAAUUGUUCCAUAUCAGCGGACAAGAAUCCAGCUUCGGGAAAAAGACGUAGUGCAAGUUUUAAUAAACAACAAAAUGUUAGAAUAGUAACACCGUAUGAGAGAAUUCUACAAGCUCUUGAAGUGGAUAAAACAUGGCAAAAAGAGAUUGCAUUCGGACGACGUAUCGGUCUUUAUCGAUUUCGUGGUGAUAUUGGCAAUGGAAAUUUUUCCCGAGUAAAAAUAGCCAUUCAUUCAUUGACCAAAGAAAAAGUAGCGGUCAAAAUAUUGGACAAAUCACGUUUGGAUAUGAAAACACAGAAAAUGUUGUCCAGAGAAAUACGUACUAUGGAAACAUUACACCAUCCGAAUCUGAUUCGAAUAUUCGAAGUGAUUGAAUCGUUUAGUAAACAUUUUUUAGUCAUGGAAUUGGCACCAGGAGGCGAAUUAUUUCAAGUGAUCUCAACUAAUGGCAGGUUUUCCGAAUCAGAGGCAAAAUAUUUUUUCUCACAAAUAAUCAGCGCUAUUGAUCAUAUGCAUCAACAUAAUCUGAUCCAUCGGGAUAUCAAAGCAGAGAAUGUAUUCUUUUCUGAUCCAGCCACUGUCAAAGUGGGUGAUUUUGGUUUCUCCACUCGUAUUGCAUCGAAAGACGAAUUGCUUUCAACAUUUUGUGGUUCACCACCAUAUGCUGCACCUGAAUUGUUUCGUGAUGAAUCAUAUCGUGGCCCCUAUGUUGAUUAUUGGGCUUUAGGCGUUCUACUCUAUUUCAUUGUCACCGGAUUGAUGCCAUUUCGUGCUCAGAAUAUUGUUUCAUUGAAGAAAUUGAUUUUAGAUUGUCGUUAUGAUAUACCCAAUUAUGUUAGUGUAGAAUGUUGCCAAUUAAUUGCCGCAUUUCUACAGCCUGAUCCUUUGAAACGUUAUACACUAGAACAGGCUCGUAAUACACGAUGGUUGCACAAUCAGCCACAUCAACGAAGUUUGCCAAAAUAUGAUCUUAAAAAUUCUUAUGCUAAAUUGAUUAAACAUAGAAAUUCAGGCAAAUUAUCAUCAUCAUCAUCACCACCACCGACAACAACAACAACCGAAUCGGUGGAUAAUCGCCAAUAUCCACCAUUGAAUGACGAUGAAAAAGAAACAUUCCACCAGCUCAUGUUACUUGGAAUCGAUGAACAAGUAUUGAGUGAUCAUAUUGAUAAAGGUUCACAUAGCCAUAUUGUGGGCACUUUUCGUAUAUUGAUGCAUCGAGUUCUUCGUCAAUCAAUGGAACGGCAACGAAAACAAUCGUCGCAUCAUAAUGAUUUGGAUGAUACUAAUAGUAUGAGUCCAAUUCGUCGUACGACCAGUAUGAAUGUAGCUCCAUUAGAUCGAAUUUGGGCUCAUUAUGCACGAAAAGCUCAACUGGAAAAACAACGUACUCAUCCAUCAAAUCAAAAAUCAGGACAGCCACUAAAACCAAUGGUAAAUGGUCAAUGUCAACCACCAUUUCGAUCUGAUAAAGCAACGAAUCAAGUGGCGGAUAAAUCGAAGAAUCCAAAAUUGAUCAAAAUAAAUCAAUCAUCAAAUGAUUCCCGAAAAUCUAGUGGUAAAUCUCGAUUGCAGAAAAUGUUCUCCACAAAUAGUAAUGACCGAGCUUCACCACCACCACCACCACCACAACCAGCAUCAAUAUCACCACCUGAAACAGCCAAAUCUAAUGAUCAACCCGUAAAAGAAUCGGUCAAAAUUCAGAAAGAUCCACCUAAAAAGCAAAUAACUUCGUCGAAACAAACAUCAGAAUCGAUUGCUGCACCAACGCCCGUGGAAGAAAUUGAAAUCAAAAAAAACGAACAACAACCUAUCGAACGAUGUAAUGGUGACAAUGGAGGCAACAACCAUGCAACAUCCCGAUUGACACGAUCAUUUCGAACUUUGAAACAAUUACUAACCGAAAAUAAUAUAUGUGGUAAUAAUACACCCGUUGUCCAUCCGCAAACCAUCAAUAUAGGAGGUUUGAACAAACCGCAUGUCAUACAUAAAACAACAACAUUACAGAUUAUGGCACGUCCAAAUCCCACAUCAACGGUAACAGCUCCUUUAUUGUGGCAAACGAAUCCGAAAACACGUGGUAAACUUUGGCGUUCACAAACAACACCCGAUGUAUCAUUGAUAGAUGGUACAAUGUGCAUCGGUAAUCAUGCUCAUCAUCAUCAUCAUCAUCAUAAUCCUGCAAUCAUGGCAGGUGGAAAUCAUCUAACACUACCUUGUUAUCAUUGUGACAAUCCACACUAUGCAUUAUCUUCUAACAAAAAGUCUUUCAUUAAUCAAACGAAUCGUUGUACAAUCAUAUGAUCAAUAUGCAAUUUGAGUUUUUUGUUAUUGUUGUUGUUGUUGUUGGUCAUUGCCUUGUCAUCUAAUCCUAAUAACUAUCUCUAACUAACUAACAAUUAUUAAUUGAUUAAUCUCACUCAGUCAAAACAACAAAAACAAUUUCGAUGUGAUCUAUACUCUACUCUAAUCUAAAUAUAUAUUAUCUAAAUAGAAAUCUGUUAUAUGUGUCUGUGUAAAUAAUGAACAAUUUUUUUUGCUGUUGUUGAAUUGAAUAAAGAGACAUUAUUUUGAUUUGUUU